UGUUUCUAUGAGGGUUAGGUUUAGGGGAUAGAAAUUACUGUUAGAUCUGUAUAAAUCCAUAAAAUGCAUGGAAGUCUAUGGAGAGUCCCCAGAAUGAUAUAAAAACAAGUUUGUGUGUGUGUGUGUGUGUGUGUGUGUGUGUGUGUGUGUGUGUGAGUGAGUGUGUGUGUGAUGGUGUGUGAGUGAGUGAGUGUGUGUGUGAGAGUGUGUGUGUGUGAGUGUGUAGUUUGUGUGUGAGUGUUUGUGUGUGAGAGAGAGUGUGUGUGUGAGUGUGUAGUUUGUGUGAGUGUGUAGUUUGUGUGUGUGUGAGUGUGUAGUUUGUGUGUGUGUGUAGUUUGUGUGUGUGUUUGUGUGUGAGUGAGAGUGUGUGUGAGUGUGUAGUUUGUGUGUGUGUGUGUGAGUGAGAGUGUGAGUGUGUGUAGUUUGUGUGUGUGUUUGUUUGUGUGUGAGUGAGAGUGUGUGUGAGUGUGUAGUUUGUGUGUGUGUGUGUGAGUGAGAGUGUGAGUGUGUGUAGUUUGUGUGUGUGUGUGUGAGUGAGAGUGUGUGUGUGUGAGUGAGAGUGUGUGUAGUUUGUGUGUGUGUGUGUGUUUGUGUGUGAGUGAGAGUGUGUGUAGUUUGUGUGUGUGUGUGUGUUUGUGUGUGAGUGAGAGUGUGUGUGUGUGUGUUUCUAUGAGGGUUAGGUUUAGGGGAUAGAAAUUACUGUUAGAUCUGUAUAAAUCCAUAAAAUGCAUGGAAGUCUAUGGAGAGUCCCCAGAAUGAUAUAAAAACAAGUUUGCGUGUGUGUGUGGUGUCAGUGAGUGUGUGUGUACUGAUGGUCAGUGCUGGUCCAGUUCUGUUGGAGAAGAGUUCUGGGUGUCUCUCCAGACUCAAACAGCUUCAUGAUGGGCAGCAGGUGACCGUGCACAUGCCCCCGAACAUCACAGGACACUGGGUGUCCAACAGCUGUGAGGUGAGACCUGGCCCAGAGUUCCUCACACGCUCGUAUUGCUUCUACUCAAACGACACCUUCGAGGCGCUGCAGUUCUAUUACCAGGACAACCACUGCACUGAGCCCAGCUACACCCUCCUGAUCCAGGGCAGUGUCCACCCACGCCAGGCCUCAUGGGCGAUCCGCGGGGGCACAGAGUCUGAGUACCACCUGACCCGCGUUCAGCUGCUGUGUCACGGGCCGGUGGCGGCAUCACAUGUGCAGAGACAACUAGAGAUGGCCUGUGACCUACGGCACCCGCUGCAGCCGGGCCUGACAUACGAGCUGUGGGACGGGGAGUGGGCAUCACCGGGUCGUGACUGCACCCGUGGCUUAGACUUCAGCAUGCAGGAACUGCAGCUCAUGAGGCUGGAGAGGCGCUAUCACCAUGGCGACCCCAGCAGACAGGCGGAGGAGCUGUUCCUAGGAGACAUUCACACAGAGCGCGCUCAGAGGAGACUCCACCAGCCCUCUGGCUACCAGACCCCACUACAGAGUGCCAAGGUCGAUGAGCGUCGCUGUGGAAUCUGUCGAAUCAUCGCUUUGGCCGAUCUUCGUCAUCCACCUGUCUUACCAUCCCAGAGGAACCGGCCUGUGCGUCUCCAUGGAAACUGGGUGAGCACACGAUGUGAAGUGCGCCCGGGCGUCCUCUUCCUCACCCGACAUCUGACCUUUCACGAGGACAGGAACAUCUGGGAAGGACAGUACGAGCAUUUCUCCGAUCCCGUCUGCCGACAUCCGGCCUUCAGCAUCAUAGCCAGCGGACGAUACAGCCGAGGAGUUCCUUCAAAGACAGUCAUGGGCGGCGUAGAGUUUAUCUUCACAGUGACCCACAUGAAGGUGACGCCCAUGGAUGUGGCCACCACAACCCUCCUGAACAUCUUCAGUGGGCAUAAGUGUGGCACAGAGGGCUCCUGGAAGCUAGGCGUCUCACAGGACGUGACCUCCACCUCUGGAUGUGCCCCACUGGGCAUCCGUCUGCCACACACUGAGUAUGAGCUCUUCAGCAUGGGUCAAGACUCUGAGGGACACAGUCUUCUGUAUAAUGGCCAGAGACCGACCAACGGCAAGAGUCCAGACCGACCGCACAGACGUGCCACGUCCUACCAGCCGCCGCUGAUACGCUGCAACGCUGGCCAGAAGGGGGAGCCACACGUGGGACAGGAGGGAGACCAGUAUUUCAGACUCGGCAACGGAUGCAACACGGAAAAGCUCGGAGACUCAUUCAACCUCAGCUUAUUGCUCAUAUUAAUCAGUUUCAUGUAGCUGGGAUGGAGCGAGUUUGUCUCAGGAGCGACUUUGUGUCCUGAGGUGUUCGGAUCUGUCCGUUUGCACUAGUUGAGGAAACUGCUCAUACAUGCAUUUAAAACACGAACUGUUUGAAUCGUCGAACAUGCAGCUCACAUUUCUAACAACUAAACAAACAUGAGCAGCCGAAACUGUCUGCCUUGAAGAAUACAUCUUUUAUCAGGACAACCGAUUAACUAAAGUGCUAAAAUAUUCCAUGCUUUUACAUGAAAAUGAAAUGUGGUUUCCGUGUCUCAGUUCAGGCAGCUCGUGACUGAUGCAUGCACACUAAUGUAGUCCAGUGAAAAUGACUUCGUUCAUUGACGUGUCCUCGUACACACUGUAGUGCAUCACACAACUAGACAGACCAGAACUGAUUUAAUGGAUGAUCACCAUGUAAAAGUCCAGUUCUGAUCUGAGGACAGCUGUGAAUAAUAUUCCAGACUCUGCUGCUUUAACAGUCUGUUGCUCUGUCGCCUGUAAAUUGCAGGAGUCAUAGGACUUCCGAGGAGGACCUGAAAGAAACCUCAUACCAGUGUCUUUAUGGUUCCAUUAACAAAUCUUUUAGCAAUUUUAAAGAACAGUGGACAAUGUUUGGAAAACAAUUCACAUUUACUACCAGCGUAGUCAAAUAAUGAGAUCAUUUCAAAUUUCAGGUGGGUGCAAAAUUUGGCAUUUGUUCUUCCCGGACACAUGAGGCUCCACAGUGCUGAAACUUUACAGAGUCAAGAUGAGGGUCUUUUGACAGCGCCUCACCUGAGUGGGUAGAUAACACGAAGCGAUGGCUCGAGGUUAGAGUAUGUUAAUAUCGUUAGUAACUACUCUGAGUUAUGACAGUUGUCCUUGGGGAAAUGCAUAAAUACUUAAUUAGUGUAGAACGUCAGUUACGGCACUACAGAGCAUCCCACCAAAAAAAAAAUAAAAAAAAAUUGGCAAACAUUUCUUUUAUUCACUUUUGGCAAGUUAUAAUAUCUUAACUAUAUUACAACAAUUUCUGAUUUAUUCUGCUCAUAAAAAAAUAAACUGUACAUUUUAGGUUUACAAUUUUAGUCCAUGCCUAUUUCACAAAUCAAUCCUUUUCCAGCAGUGAAAACAUGUCCAAAAACAUCCAUUCCUGCCCACUAAUGUCAAAUAAUGUGUUGCUCGAGAUUAGGAAGGUGCCAAAAUACAUAUUUCUGCCAGAAAAUUAUAUUAAUAGGUUGUUCACCAUUGGGGGGGG